UAAGUCUUUCACUAAUUAAAUAAAUCCCCAAAUUUGAAGGCAUAAAGCUUCCUUCAAUCACAUUUCCAUGGCUUCACAAAAUGCAUCUCUUGCUCUACUCCUCGCCCUAGCUCUUCUCGUCCAAGCCGCUUUUGCUUACGUAGGAAACAUGGAGUGCGAGAAUUUGGAGAAAGAGUCGUGCGCGUACGCGGUGUCGUCGACAGGGAAGCGGUGCGUGCUUGAGAAGCACGUGCGGCGCAGCGGGGAGGAGGAGUACGCGUGCACGGCGUCAGAUAUCGACGCGGACAAGCUGAAGAACUGGAUCGAGAGCGACGAGUGCAUCGAAGCGUGCGGCCUCGACCGAUCCGAGCUCGGGAUCUCCUCCGAUUCGCUACUGGAAGCGCGAUUCGCUAAGCAGCUCUGCUCCAACCGCUGCUACCACAACUGCCCCAACAUAGUCGAUCUCUACUUCAAUCUCGCCGCCGGAGAAGGGGUGUAUCUGCCCAAAUUCUGCGAGGCGCGAGGACCGAAUGCGCGCCGAGAAAUGGCGGAGAUAAAAAGCUCGGGAUAUGCUGAAUCUCCCAUAGAUGACAACGCUGCCACCUUCAUUGGCUCCCCAGCAUUGGCUCCCACAGACUACUAAAUUGGCCUAAAUUUCUUCCCAAAUACUACUCCCUUAUUAUAGAUACACAAACACAAAUAAAGAUACAUGUAGAUGCAAUAGUGAUACUCCCUUAUUAUAUAUACUAUAUAGAGAAACACAAAUAAAGAUACACGUAGAUGUGGUAGUGAAUAGUGAUUGUUCUGUUAUUUUACAUGAAUAAAUUUUCUGUACUUCACUAUAUGGAAUUUUAUACUCUACUACUAGUAUUUUGUUAAA